CACACACUCCACACACACCUCCUGGAUACGGACACGCAGGGACCCACGCCGGAGCGCAGGCUGAACGGAGCCGCUACCAGACAGAGAGCCUCACCAGGAGGAGCAGCGGUGCCGGCGGAGGUGGCAGGACAGUCAGAUCUCUCUGUGUGGACGCCAGAGCGCGCGACUGCUCUGUCUUGGUAUCAGCUCCUAACCUCUGCUUUCAGCAGGACUUUUCCUCCACGAGCAGCGGACCGCGUGUGCGCAAAAUACGCAGGGAGAUACCGCGGACUGGGAGCCUCUCAGUCGGAUCCUGACGCGCCCUGGAGCCGCUGUCUGGACUCUCUGGAGCGCAGAAACCGCCCGAAGCUUCACAGCCUCGGAGCGCACGCCAUAUCGACCCAGGAGUUAGUUCGCUCGCUGCUUUCUGGAGGACGUUUUGUUCCGCUGAAUGGACACGGACUAGAUCCUGAAUUCCCUCUGUGAUAUGUGGUUGGCGCGGACUUUCUCCACCGUGGGAUUAUAACUGAAGUGUUUGAAGACGUGUUCUGCUCCUGAAGGGGUGUGGGUUUUUGGAGGAAAAUCAGAUUUUCCACCCUUGGUGUUGGAAACAUCAGAAACUUCAAAGCUCUGCAAGAGUUUGUGCAUCAUCCAAGAUGGAUUUGGUUUCAUCCCUGAUUGGAUUUUUAAUGGCGCUGUGUCAUUUGGCGUCAAGAGUCAGAGGAGAGGAGGCAGUCACAGAGUGUGGAGGCGUCCUGGACGCCAGCGAGGCCGGCUACAUCACCUCCCCGGGUUACCCUCUGGAGUACCCCCCUCACCAGAACUGUCACUGGAUCAUCACGGCGCCGGAGCCGUCGCAGCGCAUCGUCCUCAACUUCAACCCGCACUUUGAGAUCGAGCGGCUGGACUGCAAGUACGACUUCAUCGAGAUCCGUGAUGGGACCUCAGACAACGCCGACGUCCUGGGUCGAUACUGCAGCAACAUCGCUCCAGCGCCGAUCAUCUCAUCGGGACCCUCCCUGCAGAUCAGAUUCGUGUCAGACUACGCCCACCAGGGGGCGGGCUUCUCUCUGCGCUACGAGAUCUUCAAAACAGGGUCGGAGUUCUGCUUCCGCAAUUUCACCAGCUCCUCUGGAAUGAUCGAGUCCCCGGGCUUUCCGGAUAAAUACCCUCACAACCUGGAGUGCUCAUACAUGAUCAUCGCCCCGCCACACAUGGACAUCACCCUGACUUUCCUCACCUUUGACCUGGAAAAUGAUCCCCUGCUGGUGGGAGAGGGAGACUGCAAGUACGACUGGCUGGAUGUGUGGGAUGGGCUGCCACAAGUGGCUCCUCUGAUUGGCCGAUACUGCGGCACUAAAAUCCCUCCAGAGAUCCAGUCGUCCUCCGGCCUGCUGUCCCUCUCCUUCCACACCGACAUGGCCGUGGCCAAAGACGGCUUCUCGGCCCGCUACAACAUGACGCACAAAGAAGUCAGCGACUCGUUUCACUGCAGCAUGGCGCUCGGGAUGGAGUCGGGGAAGAUCAGCGACGAUCAGAUCAGCGCUUCCACGUCUUUCUACGACAACCGCUGGCUGCCGCGUCAGGCCCGACUCAACAACGACGACAACGCCUGGACGCCGUCAGAGGACAGCAACAAGGAGUACAUACAGGUCGACCUCCACUUUCUGAAGGUGUUAACGGGAAUCGCUACGCAAGGCGCCGUGUCCAAGGAGACGCAGAAGUCGUACUACGUCACCACGUUCAAACUGGAGGUCAGCACCAACGGCGAGGACUGGAUGGUGUACCGGCACGGCAAGAACCACAAGAUUUUCCACGCCAACACCGACCCCACCGAGGUCGUCCUGAACCGAGUCCCUCAGCCCGUCUUGGCUCGGUUUGUUCGGAUCCGACCGCAGACAUGGAGAAACGGCAUCGCCCUGCGCUUCGAGCUCUACGGAUGUCAGAUAACAGAUGCUCCGUGCUCAGACCUGCAGGGCCUGCUGUCCGGCCUGCUCCCCGACGCCCAGAUCUCCGCCUCCUCCAGCAGGGACAUGGUGUGGAGUCCGGGCACGGCCCGCCUGGUGGCGAGUCGAUCCGGAUGGUUUCCGGCGCCGGCUCAGCCUCUGGCGGGAGAAGAGUGGCUUCAGGUUGACCUCGGCGUGCCUAAGACUGUACGAGGAGUGAUCACACAGGGGGCCAGGGGUGGAGACGCAGGAAGCGGGGCGACCACGGACAACCGGGCUUUCGUGAGGAAGUACAAAGUGGCGCACAGCCUGAACGCCAAAGACUGGAACUUCAUCAUGGACCCUAAGACCAGCCUGCCUAAAACUUUUGAAGGAAACACACACUACGACACUCCUGAGCUGCGUCACUUUGAGGAGAUAGUGGCUCAGUUCGUGCGUCUGUACCCGGAGCGCUGGUCUCCUGCAGGGAUCGGAAUGAGAGUGGAGAUUCUCGGCUGUGACCUUCCAGAGACCACCACGCCAGCCGACACCGUCACGCCAACGCUGCCUCCUGACACUGAAACCACCACCGUCCCCGUUACGACUACAGCAGCCACGGCGCCUCCGUCAGACUCGGUGUGUGACUUCGACCACGGCCUGUGUGGGUGGACGCACGACCCCAACGCCCCUCUCCUCUGGUCGCUGCACAGCCACGAGCUCAACAGUUACCUCUACAUGGACGCCAGCCUGAAGACGGAGCAGCAGCAAGCCCGCCUGGUUAGUCCCGUCGUGGCGGCCGACACGGGGCCCCUCUGCCUCCUCUUCUCCUACCAGCUGUCUGGUGAGGCCCAGGGCCACCUCAAGGUCCUUCUGCGGGACGCCCACAAUGAGGAGACCGUAAUAUGGACGCUUAAAGACGACCAGGGUCCCGUGUGGAAGGAGGGUCGAACCAUUCUGCCUCGCUCUCCUAAAGACUUCCAGGUGGUGAUGGAGGGCUUCUUUGUGCACGGCACCAGAGGACACAUCUGGAUCGACAACAUCCACAUGAGCUCCAGCAUCCCCCUGAAAGAGUGCACACAACCCUUCACGGCGUUUUCUCCUGAAAAUCCAGGGGGAGGCGUUCCUGUGCCUCCCUUGCCCAUCCACUGGUAUUACAUUAUGGCCGCCGGAGGCGCCCUUCUUCUCCUGGCGGUGGCCAUCUUGGUCAGAGCGCUCUGUUGCUGCCGACAACACCUGGCCACCAAGAAGAGCCAGCUUUCAGUGGCCUAUCACAGCUCCUCGCAGUGUUUCCAGUAUUCUAACUGGUCCUCCAGUAUGGCCACCCCAGGGGUGGAGCCAGUCCUGACAGUGAGGCUGGACAGCCGGGACAGACAUCGUACCCUCUGCUGAAAAAAAGAAGCACUUAGCUGCGUUUUGUUUGGCGAUGCAGGACGCCGACUUGUGAUGUCAGAGCGGCGUGAUGGCUGCAGAAAUAACAGAACGUGGACGAACCCUUCACUUACUCAGUCACCUGAGCGACACAGACACUGUCCAAAACUGCCAAGCGGAAAUUUGCAAGGAAACACUUUACCCUCUCUGUCUCUAAUGGAUGUAGCUCUGGUUCCUGUUUUUCUGUUGUUGACAUUUCACACUAUGCUGCUCUCGAUGAGAGGACUUAACUCUGAGUAAGUUAUUUAUCCGAACAGCUUGCCUCGGACCAUUGAGCGCCGUCUGGCUCCUCAUAACCCCAGCGGCCCUCUAGAAAUGACCCCAGCAUGGACAGAGCGCACAGACGUGUGUGGGCUGGGAGGAGGAGGAGGGGAUUGGAGCUGGUUGGACUGAGAGAGCCAGCCAAAGCUGCCAAACCACAGGCUAAAACAAGACCCCAGAGACAUGAGGAGCUGUGCAGAGCUGGGAGAGAGGGGAGAAAACUGUUAGGUUGAGAAGCUGCUAGCUGUGGAAAUGAUCUGGCAAGCCCCAGAAAAUAAAGCCCUUCUGUAAUAACAACACAAGAUAGCUGUGAUACGAGUUGUACCACCAGAGAGGGGAUGUUGUGAGGAGAAAAUAAAAAUCCUUCCAUUGUCCUUCUCCACAGAGCAUGUGCACAUUAAAAAACAAAAGGAAUGCAAAUCCAUCAUACUUAAAAUCCUGCAUCACAAAUGGAGAUAAGCAGCCUGUUUGAUUGAAUGUCUUGUCUUCCUCCUGAUAAAGGCAUCAGUCAGUGAUGGAUGCAGCCGUCUUCAGUGUUUAGUGUUUCAUCUUGAUUCUCUGCCGUAAUAAAGCACGUUGUUCCACUCCCAUUUCUGCUCCAUACCACCCACUCCCGUUGUUUCCCCCUUGUCUCUGAGCUGCCCAGAUGAAAGCCCUGCCAAGCCGAGCCUUGUUGUGUUUUCAGUGGGAAUAUGUGCUUGUUGUUUUAGGGGUUGUAAAUAGACGCAGCUGUCUGCCAUCACCACUUCUGACUUGAUUUAUACUCCUACAAAUCCCACAAUGCCGCUGGACCAGCUGGAAGCCAUAAGCGUGGAGUUUUCCUGUAUAUGUGCACCCUUGAGGGGGAUCCAAGACAUAAUGAAAACCAGAGCAGAGUGCCAUAAGACGCCUCCGACAGCUUUAGACAUAAAAUACGACACAGCGGAUACAGCCAUAACUUACAAGCGUUGCCAGAAUUGUCAAUACUCUUAUACUUUUUGAUACCACAUGUUUCAAAUCAUACAAUUUCUGUUAUUUUAACAAUCAGAAGUAUCAAAAAGUACCAAGGUUUUAUAAAAAAUAACAUCGCUGGUCAAAUUUAUAAUCAAAAGCUGUGACGAGUGAAAGAAAGAGAGGGAGCAUUGUCUAAACUGACCCUUUGUCCUCCUUGGUACCAGUCACUAGAUUAGACACACUAUCUUGUUAGUGGGCUCCUUCCUGUUUGAAACAAGUGAAAAUACCCCAUGAUUAGACUAACUUUUUACGAUAUCUAACUGAUAAGGUUCCUGAUAAACAAUAACUGUCAGUGGGUUAAACUGCCAAUGCAGGCGUCCACAAAGUCAAAUCAAAGAAGGCAUUUUUCAUAAUGAACCUUCAGUUUAAGAAACAAGAACAAAAAUUCCUCCAAAUGUGGACAGACUGAGUUGUUUUUGCAGGUACACAUCAUGAGCGUUCUUGCCUAUAUGUUGACGUAUGUUACUAGAAGACACCACUAGAGGGCACACACAGGCUGUACACGACUGCCUGAUGUGUUGGAUGUAAACUACAAACAUGUUGGCAGUGACGAUGGUGAUUAUUCUGAGCUCAAAGCUGACAUAAUAAACAUAAGUGAAUAGAUGAAGCUGUAGUUGUCACAUCUACUCCUCAUCGUUUUAGUCUACGAAAACUAAAAAGCAUUUUAGUCCCUUUGUAGUCCUUUAAACGUUCUUAACCAUGAAUAUCUCUGCCUGAAUCUGGUGGGAAUCAGAGCGCUCUUCUAUGCAUCCUGAAAAAGCUGGCAUCCCUGCUUUCAGCAGCUGAAUUCUAGUAGGCCUCCAUAUUCAACCUGCCUAUCCUCAUAUCACUGAUUCUGAACAUCCAACAAAAACUUGGUGACAUUUUUGUCUUAAUUUUGACAAAAACUGAACUUUCUUUAGAGUUUUUGUCAUAAAAGAUCUGUUCUUAGUUAGUCUUAGUCUCAUUCACUAAUGGAAAAAAGGCAGGAGACAAACAUUCUGUCAUACUUUUAGUCAACAAAAUUACCACUGAUAUUAGUUUCAUUAGACCAUUACUGCUGGUGUAUUGGUUUAAUUAGUGACCGUGUUAACUGGUGGCGUUCAGCUGACUGCAUUUGUGGAUUUCAUCGUUUUGCUGAUGGAAGAGUUCUCACAAAUGUCUCUCUUUAGCUUUUCAUGAUAAUAUCCUCAUCAGAUUUGUAUUUAAUGACUAAAACACUGAUGGAUGCACUCGCUGAGAGUCACCAGUUUUACAGUUACUUUUUUAUUUUAACACCAAUGCAUGCAUUUCUUUAGCAUAUCUGAAACAGAACUGAUCCGUUCCAGCUGGUUUGACAGACAUUUGUCUCUGUUUGGUGAGGACUCGGUUUGUUAGGUCAUCUCUAGAACCUUCUGCUGUUGUCUCUGCUGCUGUGUUGAUGGUCGAACCUCCUCCAGCUCCAUACAUGCAUACUGCAGCUUAUGUGUAUUUUCGAGGACAGCCGUUACGCCAAACCCAUCCAUAGGAUGCAUGGUUGUCAUGAUGCGCUCACGUCCUAGAUAACAGCAGGUAUAUCUCUGGCUUAAGUGGACCAAUCAGAGGGUCGACAGAGGGUCAGUUGCAGAAAGACAGUUCACUGUCAAAUGUCAGAAUAUGCAGAAUUUUUGGUCUUAAAAUCAAAUGACUCAACAUUCAGUGCCUAAGACCUACAUUUUUGUCAUUGCAGUAUCUUAAUAACUUUUAGUAUUCUAUUGCAAACUUCAUGCAAACUGAGUGAAUAAGACAAACAGUCUCCCUCUGUGAAACAAUCGGGUUUUAACAGCCUCGACUGAAUGAAAUUGAGGUUUUCAUUCUCAAGCCUAACGGGCCGUGCUUUUCGUGAUCUGUCACACCAGUAAGAAUCCAUCACCUUCUCGCCCACAGCUCAGCACAAAGCACCUCCAUUUGUUGCCGUAAUUUAGAAGCAGAGCUUUUCUCUGGGGAGUAAAAAAAAAAAAAAAGGCACAUUUUUGGCACGCUUUCAGUUUGUGCUUUUAAAUCACGCUGGGGAGGAGGGAUUGGACACCCUACACGGUCCAUCUUGACACCGUUACGCUCCAAGCCUCUAAUAGUUGUAAUUAGUUAAUGGACAGAUAACAUUUAUUAGGGCUGCGGUAAGCACUUUUCCCUCCAAUCCGCCGCACCUUCGACGCCCGAGCUGCUGCCAACUGCAGUUGCCCUGGAAACCGAAUUAAUAACGCCAUUGGCCGUCAAAGACCUCCAGAUCUAGACGUGUGCCUUGCCAAGUAGUUACUCCCACUCCCACACGAUUGCCAAAAGCAGCAUGGACAGAAAAAGUGAAACUCAUCUAAAGUAGAAGUGCACUCGAGCUGUUGGGCUCCUCUAAAGUGCUGCAGCCAUCCACAGUUUACCGCACACUCCUAAUCUUCUAAUUCAGACCCUCAACAGCCAUUUUCAGGCUCUGAGUUUCACUAGAUUUAAAGUCACAAGCACUACUUCAAUGUUGUACCGUUCUGUUUCUGUCUUUAAUCAUCUUAUACACCACUCUUAAAGCUGACGGUGGUUGUGUUGUUGUUUUCACACUGAUAAUUAUGGGUGAUAUUCAUGAUUUCUGCAUCUGUUUUCACUGGAGAUGAACAGUCUUAUACCAUCAGAAUGUUAUGUGAUGGCUGUGUGUUUGACUGGAAUGUAUCAUAAUGAUGUUUCUCUAUCAAUAAAGACAUAUUUUUCUAUUAUUCUGGGCCUGAAGAGUGUGUUUUAGUACCAGAAUGUCAUUAUUUGCACCAGUAAAAUGAACAAGAAGGAUCAUUUGGUGGUUGGCAUUAGAAAGGUAGUAGAUUUGAAGCUUU